AUAAAAGAUCAUAAUGUUAGGGUUGAGAUAAUCUGAUCAAAUUGCAGUUGUUUAAUAAAACUAAUAAAUCAAUUUUAUAGACAUUAAAUGCAGGGAAGUAAUAAACUAUAAAGAUUUUAUUAUUGUUGCAUGUUUAGAUAAGACAGUCAAAGUUUAUCAAAAUUUAUAGCUUAUUUAUACUCUAAAACUUCUUAAAAAGGUGAAAAGAAUGACAGUUAAUCAAAGUAACGAUACAGUCUAUGUUUGUGAUAAACAUGGAGAUAUGUGGUCAUUUUAAUUAGGAUAGGAAGGAAUUGAAUAAAUUACGAAAGAAUCAACACCUAUUCAAACUAAUCUUGCUAUUCCUAAAAGUUUUCAAUAUUUAGAAAUUGAUGAUCAAAAAAUCAUUGUUUUAGGAGAUUCAUAUUGUAAAAUUAAAGUUUAUAAUGCUAACAAUAUUGAUGAAUUGCUUUGGGUUUGGGUUCCACUUGAAGGUUUUUUAAAGUAAAUUAUAGUAGAUGGUGAAUACAUAGUUAUGCUUUUUAAACGAUUUGAUGAACAUGUAAGUCAAAUUUUUAAUCUUUUAUUAGGAAAAUCACUAUUAUGAGGUGUAUUAAAUUAAAUAAAAAGAAUUAUUAAAUGAACAACCAAACUUUGAAAAAAUUUAUGCUGAUUAUGAAUUUAGUAAAUAAGCAAAUAAAGCAUAUUUAUUAAGUCGUUAACUUUUGGCAUACUCAUUAAAUUAUAACAAAAUUUAAAUCUAUAAAAUUAAUGAAAAUAAACAAGUUUCUUUGUAUUUAGAAAAACCUGGAUUGGUGACUGAUGUUUAAUUCUCAAAAAUUGCUUAGAAACAAUAUUUAUCAAUAAAGUCUAAUUUAUAAAGUUAAGAUGAAUAAGAUUAAAAAAUUGAAGAUCAAGAAUUUGUAUUUAUUCUUAAAUAAUGA